GCUGAGCUGUUUUUUACAGUCAUAGGGCUGAGUAGGGGAGGGGAGUGCGAACUACAAAUGUGGAAAAGAUUUAGGAAAGAAACUUCAAAUCAUACGGGGUGGAAACAUUUUCUCCUAUUGGACUUAUUGCUUGAGGAAUUUAUUUCUGUACAAUGGGGGAUUGACAUCAAGGUGUCUGCAUCGUCUUUAUAGAAAGGCCACACUUUUUCCAACCAUGGAACACUACAGAAGAUAAGGGGCAGUUCUUGUGAAAGUCACGUUGAUGUCAGAUCUAGGAAACUAAUGGUUUGGCGAAACUAGGAUUAACUGGUUGCUGGACGGUUCCAUUGGCUAUACCACAAGGCGAUGCCUCCCCAGGGCGAUGGAGAAUAUAAACCUGUAGCAGUGUCGGCGGUCCCACCGGUUCCCCCUCGGAGGGUUCGGAGCAGAGAGUCGUUUUCUGGCUCCAAGUGUUGGUCCGGUGGCGGAGAGCGCAAAGUGAAGUGUGUGCUUGUCGGUGACGGCGCAGUUGGAAAGACGAGCUUGAUUGUCAGCUAUACCACAAAUGGAUAUCCAACUGAAUAUGUCCCAACUGCUUUUGAUAAUUUUUCAGCGGUUGUGGCAGUUGAUGGCAAGCCAGUGAAACUGCAGCUUUGUGACACAGCUGGGCAGGAUGAGUUUGACAAGCUGCGUCCGCUCUGCUACACCAACGCAGACAUCUUCCUGCUGUGCUUCAGCGUCGUCAGCCCCUCCUCCUUCCAGAACGUAACAGAGAAAUGGGUGCCGGAGAUUCGCCGGCACUGCCCGCAGGCGCCGGUGGUUCUGGUGGGCACCCAGUCGGACCUGCGGGAGGAUGUUAAUGUUCUGAUCGAGCUGGCCAAGUAUAAAGAGAGGCCAGUCGAGCCCCAGGAGGCCCAGCAGUGUGCCGAGGACAUGAGGGCUGUGUCACACAUGGAAUGCUCCUCACUCACCCAGAAGAACCUCAAAGAGGUGUUUGACGCAGCCAUCGUGGCCAGCAUCCAGCACUCUGACAGUCAGCAGCAGCAUAGACUGAAAAAACGGACUCCAGACAAGAUGAAGAAGCUUUCUAAAUCAUGGUGGAAGAAGUACUGUUGCGUGGCUUAGCCUCUAUCUGUGUGUGUGAUAGGAAGGACGCAUGGGUUCCUAUUUUGGUUCCAUGUCAGCAUGUUAACAGGGGCAGUAAGGAAAACAGUGACUGGAAUAUGGACGAAGGUCUGGUCUGGAGUAUCUGAGUUAUGUGUAGGUUAGGCCUCAAUGACCCCAUGCUAUUUUUGCUUUACCAAUGUGAGCUGCAAUGGAGACAGAGCUGACUUUCCUCGAAGAAUACUCAUUGACUUUCCCCUGCCUUAUAUCCAUGAUCCUGGGGGGGGACAGCUUCUAAAUGGACAACUGUGAAAGAUGAAGCCCUAUUGAUAACCAGGAGGGCUUAUGUUGUUAUAUCAGCCCAUAUUUAAGAGCCUUGUUUAGCUUGUUGUCUAAUGUACAAACCACUCAGAAACAUAGCAGAGCUACAUUUUUCUAAUGUUUUUCAGAAUUUCUAACUGUUGUUUACAUUAGGACAUGGGUUCUGUCCAAGUUCAUAUGAGGGUCACAGUCUCAAGUUAUGUGCUGGAGUUCUAACUGGACUUGUUGACCUUCGGUUCACUUGACCAUAGCACAACCUGAGGAGUUUUAAACAAACACCGCCAUGGCAACAUUUAAAGAGCUCCCUAUGGGACUCAAAUGCAUGUGACAUGUCCCCUUGUUACGUAUGUCAGUAGCUAGGUUUCCAUCCAUUUGGGGACAGGUUUUCAUGCGAAUAUUCUAAAAUCCAUGUAAAGAAAAGAUGUGCAUUUUCCCACAAUUGGUCUUUCACCACGCUGUGAAGUUCAUCAUGACUUAUUUAAUCUGUAGCCUAAUAAACAGCAUGGUUUCCUGAGUCAUAGUGGGAGGUCCACACACCAUA